AUGUCUAAACAAAACUUUACAGAUAAACAACUUCAGAAUUUGUCUUUGGAUGAAAUAAAAAAAAUUGUAGCACAAGAAAAAAAAGGACUUAAGAAAGAUUAUAAGGAAUUAGAAGAAAAGAGAAAAUUGAUUGAAAAAUAUAGAAAAUUGACAGAAUUUAGAAAAAAAGUUAAACAAGGAAAAGUUAUAAAAAAGAAACCCCAAGUUGUUUCAACACCAAAUUCCAAAAAGAUAAAAAAGAAACCCCAAGUUGUUUUAAAACCUCAUUCUAAAAAGAUAAAAACAUUUGAAGAUUAUUUUGAGGAAUGUAUAAAAAAUAAAAAAAUUCCUAAAGAUACUCCUUCUUAUUUACGAAAAGCUCUUGAGAGAGUUAUAAAAGAAUAUGAGCAAGGAAUUGUAAUAGAAAAAUCAGCUUUAGGUGAAUUUGCUAAAAAAUAUAUUAUCAAGGGAGAACCAGAUAUUUUACCUUAUCAGUUCUUUAGAAAUAAAAAACAAGUUAUUAAAGAUUUUCUUAGAAAUCAUCGAAAUACUAAAGUAAGGUUUGUUUUAGAUUGUAUUAUGGAAAAACAGGAAAAAAUACAAGGUGAUAGUAAAUUAACUUUUAAAGUUCAAGAUAAAUCAUAUUUUCAUUCUAAUACAUUUAAUAAUUUUAAUUCAACUGAUGUAAAAGAUUUACUUAGUAAAAGUUAUAGAGAAAUUAUUGAAAGUAUAUCUACGUAUCAAGAAAAUGGUAGUGGGUGGUACUUUAAAGAAAUUGUACAACUAGAAAUUCAUACAACUGAAUUUAAACCAGUGAAAGGUUCUUCUUAUAUUCCUCUUCCAGAUUGGAUUAUGAGAAAAAAAGCAAUUGUUAGUAUUCGAAAUAAAGAUGAUAAAUGUUUUCUUUGGUCAGUACUUCGUUAUCUUCAUCCAAGAGAAAAGAAUGAUAGUCGUUUGUCAGAUUUAAAAAAGUAUGAAUUUUCACUUAACACUAAAGGAAUUACUUUUCCAAUGAAAGUAAAAGACAUUACCAAAUUUGAGAAUCUUAAUCCAGAUCUUUCAGGAAUAAAUGUUUUUUCUGUAGAUGAAAAGACUAUUUAUCCUUUGAGAGAGGUAAAGAAAGAUUGUAAAAAUACUAUUGAUUUAUUUUUGUAUGAAGAAGAUGGUAAAUUUCAUUAUUCACUAAUUAAAAACUUUUCCCGCCUUAUACGUAGUCAAAUUACUUCAAGAACAGAUGAACCAAUACAAAUUUGUAAGAGAUGUUUUUGUCAUUUUACAAAACCAGAAUUAUUAGAUAAACACAUCAAAUAUUGUUCUAGUAAUAAAACAGCAUUUGUAAAAAUGCCAAAACCAAACACAACUUUACAUUUUAAAAAUUAUGAUAGACAACUUCCUAUUCCUUUUGUUGUUUAUGCAGAUUUUGAAUGUUUUACUAAACCAAUGAAUAGUUGUAGUCCUGAUCCUAAAGAUUCUUAUAAUUACAACUAUCAAAAACAUGAACCAUCAGGAUUUUGUUUUUAUGCAAAGGGAAUUGCUGGUAAAAGAAUUAAACCAAUCAUUUAUACAAAAACUUCAGAGGAUGAAGAUGUAGCAAAAGUAUUUGUAGAAAAACUUACAGAAUUGACUAAAGGAAUUUAUAACGAUUUUUAUUGUAGACCAAAACCUCUAGUAAUGAAUCCAAAAACACAAAAAGAAUUUAAUGAUGCAGUUAAUUGUCAUAUUUGUAGUAAAGAAUUGGGGAUGAUAAAGUUAGAGAUCAUUGUCAUUUUACAGGUAAUUACCGUGGAGCAGCACAUAACAAAUGUAAUCUUAUGUGUAAAAAACCAAGAAUACUACGAGUUAUAUUUCACAAUCUUCAGGGUUAUGAUGCUCAUUUGUUUAUAA